AUGAGCAUUGUGCCCAAUCAGAACUACCAUACCAAUGUUUCGUCCCUUUCUGGCUCUCAAGUGGCUUCGAAUGCCGCUCCUGCGCUCCCAGACACCUUGAGAAGCCAAAAUGGCGGUGCCGCGCCGCUGACGUCUCGUAUCAACGGGAAACAUCCAUUGGAGGCGAAACUACAAAACUGGGACCAGACUCAGCGUCAAAGAGACUUGCAAAACUACCGCCAGGUGUUUGGGCUCGCUGAGCCCAUGAAACGCGAGAUGGAGCUGGCCAUUGUCAGAAACUCCGAUUUCGCUCCUUUGUCAUCUGGAACGGCCGGAAUGCACGAAGACAUUUUGCUCAACCGUGAGGCCAAUGUGGACUGGGAGGAUAUAUACCCAGGUUCAAACUCAAUGGGCAGUGGUGGUGUGUCGCUUGGAGCAGACGUCCACGGCGCCAUUGAGAAGUCACUAAACAUAUAA